GACUGCCCAGCGGUCCCCGCGAGCUCAGGAGUGCGCGUCGCGCCACCCGGACCACUAUUAUGCACCCGGCGAGUCCGAGUCACUCGUAGCCCCGUGUGCCCCCGCAUCUCUGGGACUUUUGGUGGAGUUUCACGUCCCGCUGGAAAUGCCAGAGGCCCUAGGGCUCUGACCGACAGUUCGACCAAUCUUCGAUCGACGAUGAUUUCGGCGCCGGGAUUCCUCGCCGUGGCGGGUUGGCUCCUCGUCCUCCUCUUCAGCGACGGGGUGGCUGGCAAUUGUCCUCGGGUCCAGGCGCCCCAAUGGGGUUCGGUGCGCGAGCGCAUCCUCAAGGAUGGCUCUCUGCAGACGGUCUACUCCUGCGAGUCCGGGCGCAGGCUCAAGGGCAGCAAAAUCCUCACUUGCACGGCCAACGGUUGGAAUCACCCGGUGCCCGUUUGCGUGCCUUACGGUGAACGUGGCAUGCGUCACGACUUGUUCCUGAGCGAUGCACCGGGAUCGGAGAAGCGCCAGCGCAGCGACGCCGAGGAACGUCGUCCGAGACGGCAAAAACGUCCGAAAAAAUCGCAGCAGCAGAAGCAGCAACGAAGGAAGCAGCCGGGGAUGGCCAAGCUAAACGAUACCUUCGCCGCGAUCCUCGAUACGAGUUGCUAUGGGAAGCUAAGAGCCGGGAAGCCACCGGUGAAGCCGCCCGUUGUCACUAAUGCACUAUCGUCGAAGCUCGUCAGAAAAAACUCGAUGCCUCCACUGAAUCGAUACCAGAUGGUGGUUUACGACUGCGACGAGGGAUUCGCGUUGAAAAAUUCUGAGCAAAAUCGACUCUAUUGUAGCGAAAGUGCGUGGCUUGGUAUUGUUCCCGAAUGUGUAAAAAAAAAUGAGCUCUUGAAAGUCGAGGGCGAGAGUAUCGUUAAAGCAAGUAUCAGGAGAUGCGAAAGCGAGAAGAAUAUUUGCGAGCAAGUGUGCAUGGAUGUCGAGGAUGGCAUAAGAUGUUCCUGCUUUGAUGGUUAUCGUCUGGAGGGCUCCUCUUGCCUUGAUAUCAACGAGUGUGCCGAGGGUACAUCUGGAUGCUCGGAUAUUUGUCGAAACAAUCCGGGUUCUUUCCACUGCGAUUGUUCUUCCGGAUACCAAUUGGACAAUGACCAUAAAUCAUGCAAAGAUAUCGAUGAGUGUGUGCCGAAUGGCGGUCACGGGCCAUGCGAGCGGAUAUGUAACAAUCUGCCAGGCAGUUAUGAGUGCAGCUGCAGCGACGUUCCGGGUUAUAAAUUGACGUCGGACAAUCGCACUUGCGAGGAUGUGAACGAAUGCGCAGAAAACAAUGCUGGAUGCUCGCAUACCUGUGUCAAUACUUCCGGCAGUGCUUUCUGUCUCUGUCCGAAAGGGUUGUUCCUGGGUGACGAUUACAAAACGUGCCAAGAUAUUGACGAGUGUAAGGAAACGAAAUCGCCGUGCAAGGAGAAAUUGGAAGAGUGCGUUAACACCAAUGGCUCUUUCAAAUGCGUUACAAAAUUAAGGAAGAAAACGAAAUUACUACCAGAGGAAGAUUACGAUGCCGAGGGUGACGACGACGACGACGACGACGACGACGACGACGACGAAGAUGAUUAUGAAGAAGGUGGCAUAACUGAGCCGUCGGUCGAUGAAUCAUGUGAAAUAGGAUAUAAGAAAGACGAUAAGGGUGUGUGCAUUGAUAUUAACGAGUGCGACGAAGAUAAUGGGGAGAGCCACGGUUGCGAUCACAAAUGCACAAAUUUGGCCGGCAGUUAUUUCUGUGAAUGCAAUGCUGGUUACGAGCUCGACGACGACACGACUACAUGCACCGAUAUAAACGAGUGCCUGAAUAAUCCAAGCCUAUGCUCGCACAUUUGCAAAAAUACCGACGGCUCUUACGUCUGCUUGUGUCCAGAUGGAUUUGUUUUAAAUGCCAAUAAUUCCGUUUGCCAUAGCGUAAAAGCUCCGACGAGCUGUGAGAAUUUGGUGACAUCUUGCUCGCACGAGUGCCGAGUAUUCGUUGACGGACCGCGUUGCGUUUGUCCUGACGGUUACGAGCUCGACAAUGAUAACGUCACUUGCGUCGACGUUAAUGAAUGCUUGCAGAAAAGUAACGGAUGUAGCGAGGAAUGCAUCAAUGAAAUUGGAAGUUACAAAUGCAUAUGUCCAAUGGGCUGGUUCCUUAAAGAAGAUAAUAAAUCAUGCGAAGAUAUCAACGAAUGCAUCGGUGAUAAUUACUGUGCUUACAAGUGCACGAAUACUCGUGGCUCGUAUCGUUGCGACUGCCCCUCUGGUUUCAUUUUAAGCGACGAUGGUAGAAAUUGCGAGGAUAUUAACGAAUGCGCUCGGGGUGUCCACGAAUGCUCCCAUAGUUGCCACAAUAUAAACGGCACUUACACUUGCUCAUGUCCAAUCGGCAUGUCUCUAAUGAAGAAUCUCAAGACUUGCGAGCCGCUCGCGUCUUGCGAAGCCGUAAAUUGUUCCUAUAAUUGUGUCGAGGAAGGUGACACUUAUCGCUGCGAGUGUGCCGUCGGUUACGCGCUGAAACACGAUGGUAGCACUUGCGAAGAUUUUGACGAGUGCACGAAGAACGAGCACGACUGUUCACACUUGUGCUUUAAUACGCCAGGCAGUUAUAAAUGCGCCUGUCCCAAUGAUAUGAAACUUUUAGCGGAUGGAGUUACUUGCGCUGGCGAUAAAUGCCAGGAGGGUACGAAGCUCGAUGAAAACGGCAAAUGCCAAGAUAUCGACGAAUGCCUCGAGACUGAGCAUAAGUGCUCGCACACCUGCAUCAAUCUCCCGGGCUCUUAUCGAUGCGACUGUCCUGCCGAUUUAAUUCUCGACAUUGACGGCUUUAUUUGCCGAACCUCGGAUAUAUGUACUAAUGCCACGUGCUCGCAACUGUGCAUUCCGACAAAUUCUGGCUACGAGUGCGAAUGCAAUACUGGCUACGCGUUGGGGGAUGACGGUGUUACGUGUAACGAUAUAGACGAGUGCUCCAAUGGUCGUCAUAAUUGCAGUAACGAGUGCGUGAACAGAGACGGCGAUUACGAAUGCACCUGCCUGCCUCGAUGGAGUUUAUCGAACGAUUUGAAGACAUGCGUCGUGGAUGAAAGCUAUUGCUCAAGAACACACGGAUGCAGUCAUACGUGCGAAGAAGAUGGGGAGAAAAUUCGCUGUGGAUGCCCCGAGGGAUACGAAUUAGCCGAGGACGAUAAAACUUGCAGGGACGUUAACGAGUGCGCCGAGGAUCUACAUUCUUGUACUCAUAAUUGCUCCAACGUCGACGGCUCUUAUAAAUGCGAAUGCAAUGCUGGCUACGAACUUUCGAACGAUCUUCGUACCUGUCAAGAUAUCAACGAGUGCUCGUUGGGACUGGAUAUCUGCUCGGAUGGAUGUAUGAAUACACCGGGUAGCUUCGUCUGUCUCUGCCUAGAGGGUUUCAAACUUAAUGCCGAUCAGCGCACUUGCAUCGACAUCGACGAAUGCUCUUUAAAUUUGCACGGAUGCUCAUACGAUUGCGAGAAUAGCCAAGGUGGCUACACUUGCCGUUGCCCGAACAACAAUAUUCUCGAUAAAGACAACAAAACCUGCGCCGAAAUGAAGACGUGCGAGGAAGUUAAUCACGGCUGCUCCCACAACUGUUUCGUGAUAAACGGCGAGAAUAAAUGCCAAUGUCCCGACGGCUACGAACUUCGCGACGACUCAAUGACUUGUCAAGAUGUCAACGAGUGCUUAAACAAUAACGGCGGUUGCUCUAAUUAUUGUGAAAAUACCGAGGGCGGUAUGGAAUGUAAAUGCCCGGCCAAGCAACAUCUCCUGGAUGAUGGGAAAUCUUGUGUGGAAAUCAACGAGUGUUUUAUCGAUAACGGAGGCUGUUCUCACGACUGCCAAUACAAAUACGAAAGCAUCAGUUGCGCUUGCCCAAACGGUAUGGCCCUAGCUGCGGAUAAUUUAACCUGCGUCACUGAAAAUGCAUGCAAUAAAAAUAACGGCGGCUGCAGUCAUAUUUGCAAUUCGAUUAACGAGAUGGCAGUUUGCAGAUGCCCUAGUGGAAUGCAGUUGGGCUACAAUAACGCAACGUGCGUCGAUAUUGACGAAUGCUUAGAAAACAAAGACAAUUGCACUCACGGUUGCAUUAAUAAUUAUGGCGGCUAUGAGUGUACUUGCAAUUCAGGCUUUACGCUAAAUUCCGUGGACAGUGCAUUGUGCGACGACAUCAACGAGUGCUUCAUCAAUAAUGGAAAUUGUUCUCAAAUUUGUAUUAAUACAGUGGGUAGCUUUCGCUGCUCCUGCUUUUCCGGCUUUGUUCUAACGCUCGAUAAUUCCACUUGUUCGGAAUCUAAAGUUUGCACGAGAAACAACGGGAAUUGCUCUCAUUACUGCCAAGUUGAUGUAAAUAGCGACAUCGCCUCGUGCUCCUGUCCAGUGGGUUUCAGGCUCUUGCCGGACUCCAAAACUUGCGAGGACAUCGACGAAUGCGAGGAAUUUGAAAACGACGUUCACUCAGGAUGCUCGCACAAAUGCGUUAAUCAAGAGGGAAGUUAUUAUUGCGAAUGCCCAAAGGGAUACACGAUUUCGCCAGAUGACAAAAAAACCUGUCUAGAUAUCGACGAAUGUUUAAUUUCUUACCACAAUUGCUCCCACAAUUGUUUGAAUCUUCUUGGCAGUUACUUGUGCACGUGCGAGGAAGGUCAUUAUUUACAUUCGGAUAACGUCACCUGCCUCGACAUUAACGAGUGUCUUCAUAAUAAUGGCGGCUGCUCGAAAUAUUGUAACAAUACCCCCGGGAGCUACAGCUGCUUAUGCUCCGAGGGUUUUCAAUUGAGUAAGGACGAGAAGACUUGCAUCGACAUUAACGAGUGCGAUAACGAACGGAGCUUAUGCUCGUUCGAAUGUCUAAAUACAUUGGGCUCUUAUAAAUGCAUUUGUCCCGAUGGCCAUGUCUUGGCGAAUGAUAUGAAAACUUGCGUCGCUGCUGACAGAUGUAAGCCAAAUAAUGGCGGAUGUUCACAUAUUUGUUAUAAUUAUGCGAAUGGCAUUGAAUGCACGUGUCCAUUGGGAAUGUAUCUCGAUCAAGAUGAGAAAACUUGCAUGGACAUCAAUGAGUGUCUGGUGGAUAACGGCGGAUGUCCCGAUAUUUGCGUAAACAUAGACGAAGGCUUCCGUUGCAAGUGCUCCAAGGGGCACGAAUUUAAUUUUGAUAAAACAAUCUGCGAUGACAUUGACGAGUGCGCGACGAAUAACGGCGACUGUUCUCACACUUGUCAAAAUACAAAAGGCGAGUACCAUUGCGAGUGCCCAUCUGGCUACAGCUUAGGCCCAAAUAACAAAACUUGCGAUGACACGAACGAAUGCGAGAUCGAUAAUGGCGGCUGCUCUCAUAUCUGUAAUAACCAAUUGGGCUCCUACCAAUGCCAAUGUCCGGACAAUUAUCAGCUAAGAGACGGGAGAGUCUGUUACACCGAACAUCCAUGUGGCGACGGGAAUAACGGGGGCUGCGAACAUAUCUGCAGAGAAGACAAUGGACGUGGCAUUUGCUCGUGCCGAGACGGCUUUCGCGUAUCUGGAUCUAACAGCUCGAGCUGCGUCGACAUUGACGAAUGUGCGAAAAAUCAUGGCUGCGAGCAUUUGUGCGUGAACAUGUACGGCUCGUACGAGUGCCGAUGCCGAGCCGGAUUCGAGAUGAAAAAUAACGUUUGCGUAGACAUUGACGAAUGCAGUCGCAACAUUUAUUGCGGAGGGGGAUGUGUAAAUACGCCUGGCUCCUAUCGCUGCGAGUGCAAUAUUGGCUUUAAGAAAGAAGCUAACGGAUGCGCGGAUAUGGAUGAGUGCCUAAACAACAACGGCGACUGCGAGCAAAUAUGCAUUAACGGCUUGGGAUCUUAUGCCUGCUCCUGUUAUUCUGGAUUUUACGUUAAUCGAAGAAAUACGAGCCAAUGCUUGGACAUUAACGAAUGUCUCUACCGUAACGGGGGCUGCAACGGUGACUGCAUUAACACACCAGGAAGUUACUAUUGUGUCUGCGCCGACGAUUUAGUACUCGCUGACGACGAGAGAACUUGCAUCUCAAGAACACCCAGGUGUCCGACCAUGGAGCCGCCACCAUACGGCGAGAUGAGAUGUCCAGGUCAUCCGUCGGGUGCCUUGGAUUAUCCACUAGGAGCAAAGUGCCACAUUAGGUGCAGAAGGAGUUUCAGACUCGAAGGUUCUUAUCUCAGGACAUGCGAGGCAGGAGGCCAUUGGGAUGGUACAGAGCCGAUCUGCGUUCGAGAUUAUUCAUCAGAGGCACGUCCUUAUUAUGCGGCUCCUACGACGACUCCUGCGUCCAGACCCUACAUCAGAUGCCCAAGUGACCUGGACGUUGAACUACCACCGAGACGCGGGACCGCGCGUAUCUCCUUUCCCCAGCCGAAAACGAACGUCGAUUGGUACAGAAAUGUGGAAUCCAAUCCGGCGUGGGGAAAACAAUUACAAGCAGAUUUACCCCCAGGAACUACAGUACUAACAUUCACCGCCUUUUCCUCUACAACAAAUUAUACAAACAUCUGCCGAAUGAUGAUUCGUGUCCGUGACACGGAGAGUCCAAAAGUCCAGAGCUGUCCGACGUCGUUCGAGGUGCGCCUGAAUCCCGGCGAACGCGAGCGGAUGAUUUUCUGGCAGGAACCGACGUUCAGCGAUAACGCGAAUGUCGAGCGCACGUACAAGUCACGGGAACCUGGCCAGAUGCUAUACCCGGGUGUUCACAACGUGCGUUACAUUGCCUCGGAUGCUGCCGGAAACCGAGCCGAAUGCCAUUUCAACAUUCAUGUACGAGAAGCUGAACGACGAGAUGUGGAAGCCGAGCCACAACAACAACAAACCUAUCAAAGAAUGUUAAUUUGUCCGAAUAGACCACCACAAGAAAUUCCUCUAUCACACAGGUGGCAGAUACCCAGUGGAUGCUACAUGAGAUACACGCGGAUCUUUUCCGGAGCUUACACAUUGCAGCACUACGGGAACGAUGGGGGCAGCAACGUCGGGGGCGGCAAUCAUUAUCAGCGUCGCAGUGAGUAUCAAAAUUCAGCCGCUGCUUAUCACGAAGUCCAUCCGAUGCGUCGAGCACCAACUUCCAGUCAUCCUCAGACACGAGCAUAUCCGCUCGUCAACUGUAAGUACAAUCGGCAGUCGCGGCAGCAGGAGUACAUGCGUCUUCAGCAGUUUCAGCGCCAGCGUAUGGUACAACAGCAGCAUCAGCAGCAACAACAACAUCAACAACAUCAGCCGAAGCUGAAGCAGCAGCAGCAGCAGCAGCAGAGCAGCAACAGAAGCAGCACGACCACCACCACAACCACCACAAUCAACAACAACAACAACAACAACAACAACAACAACAACAACUGCAGCGACCACGUGAACAGAUUUACUAUCGGCACGGCAAUAACGGCCCUCUUCAUCGAUCCCUUACCAAUGGACGACAGACGAGACUUUUGCAACCGAGGCGCCACUGCUGUCAAUCCUGAGGAUAACAUCGAGCUUAUCAUCGCAGUCACGUUUGCCUCGUCGAAUAAUUUUUUCAUCAUUUGCAGUGGAGAAUGA